CGGACGGGCGGGUAGACGCGCGUCGGUAGCGGACCGGAGUGCAUGGUGGCCUCGACCCAACUCAGCGAGGGCUUUUUGUCGUUCAGCUUAGUAUGAAAAGAUGUCCGUAAAUGAAGUCUUUGUUUUCCGACCGUUCAAGCUGAUCGCUCUGCUCUGCGUUUUUCUCGCACUGUGCCUGGACGUCGUCGCGCUGCUGAGCCCGGCUUGGGUGACGGCGGAGCAUUUCUCCUUGUCGCUGUGGGAGUCGUGCACCCGGUCCGGGGCGCGACAUCUGGGGAAGGAGGCGGAAUGGAGCUGCUUCUCCACCCUCACGUCAGACUGGCAGAUCGCCACCCUGGUGCUGCUGAUGGCAGGAGCUGUGGUCACUCUGGUAGCCUUUCUAGUGGCCCUCAUCUCUCUGUGCUAUGGGACACAGAGAAAACACUACCGCACCGUGGCUGUGUUCCUCUUCACUGCCGUGGUACUUCAGGCCUGUGCUCUGGUCCUCUACCCGAUCAAGUUUAUUGACGGAACAGUUCUUCAGACCUAUCACGAGUUCAACUGGGGCUACGGCCUCGGCUGGGGAGCCACCAUCUUCAUGUUGGGCGGAGGAAUCCUCUUCUGCCUGCGAACGGACAUUUACGAAGACGCGAUGUACUGAAUCCCUUUCACUGGGUCGGGGAAACGACCCCCUUCCCCCCCAGCACGCACAGUACAAACAGACAUGCAUAGAUAGGCAUAUACACAAACGUAGACGCGUAUCUUCCCGCACCGGGCGAUGGUGUGCUUCUACCUUUGCUCAGCUCACAUCGAGUGGUCUAUAUUAGCAUAAACACGCUCUCCACACACCCUCCCACCCCACCCCACCCCACCCCACCCCACACACCCCUCUCGCCCUCUCUCUAUCUCUCUGUUACUUUGUCAUUUUUAGACAGAGUGCGAAAACCUAUUCUAGGUCAGGGCUGUGUGGAUAGAAUAGCCCCCCCGCCCUCCCCUCCCCUCCCCUCCCGUGGCCAAUGGGUACCUCAGCUCUGCCUGUAUCAGGGCGAAGCGGCGGUAGCAGAAGCACAGAGAGCUUUCCGGAAAGAGUCGGGUCUGUUCUACAGCGCGUUUUGCCGCAGAUCUCUAUAGUCAAAGAAACGAGAUGUUGGGUGGUCAACACAGAACUGUAUGCCCAGAGGCUGAACAUUCAAAACGGGAUCGAUUAUAUAUUUCCCCUUUUGCUUUUUAUUCUUCUUGAUGCAUUUCAUGAUGAUGACUUAUACUGUUAACAUAUUGAUGGUAUCUUUAUUACUUUAUAUAUAUAUAUAUACACACACACACACAUUGAAAACCCAAACCCGUGGCUGGCCAUUCGUGUUUUCAUAGCUGAGACAUAUCUAGCAGAGCUAAGGGCCUCCUGACCUUUUGAAGUGUUAAGUAGUCAGUGAUUAACAAACGCUGUAGCUGUUCGUUGUCCGUAGUUUGUUUGGAAAACUCACACUAGUUUGCCUGAAACUGUAAAUUUGUACAAAGCAUUUCUACAGGAAGUAAAAUUCAGAGGAAGCAAUUUUAAAACAUUGUGAUAAUGAAUCCUUGAUAAAUAUGCAACUUGAGAGUUUUUUGAGGGUUUUUUUUUCUAUAUAACUCGUGUUCAAUUGCACCAUCCAGUCUGACCAAUACACUUGGGUGUUAGAAUAACCAUCCUGGAUUUUGAAAUGUUAGCAGGGUGCUGUUACUGGGGAUUAUCUCCUGAGCAAGAGUCAGGCCAUAUAUAUAUAUAUAUAUAUAUAUAUAUAUAUAUAUAUAUAUAUAUAUAUAUAUAUAUACACACACACAAAGAAAAAAAUGCAAAAUGGUUCCUGCUGUUACAUUGUUGUGGGGUUCCUAUGAAUCCACCGUCCAUAGAAACGCGGUCCUUAUUAAAACACCAUCUGCUCAGAGUUGUGUUACUUGUUCUGCAAAAGCAACAAGUGUUGCUUAAACUUCACAUCUCAUUUGGACCUUAAUGACAAAUAUAAAACUCGGAUUUUCAUUGCCAACCAAUAUUGCAUUUAACAGCGGUAAAUUAUAGGUGCCCAGAUGAUUAUAAUUUGAAAAUUUACUUUAAUGGUGGGCAGUUCUGUUUUAUUGUGAAAAGUUGAGUUUAUAUUCGCUGCUAAACAAAAAAAAAAACAACAACAAAUUAAUCUGCCGUCAGCGGCGCUCGGCUGCAAGGUUAAUUUUCCAUAAAUUAUCACAGCAGUCUGAUAUAACAUGUUUAAAAGUGCUGUUCUGUGUGUCCACUAUACUGUGAACUGAAACAGCUGCUCAGCUGGUUCUCGCAUACCCGUAAUAGGAAAACUUUAAAAAAAAAAAACAACAACAACAACUUGAGUUGAACCUAUUUCUGUUUUAGUGGUACCAUUGAGAAAGUUCUUCAUUUUUGUGGAAUAUUACAGCUACAAUCACGUUCCAAAUUACCACGUUAACCUAAGAUGGAGGAUGCUGGGUUGCUGUGUGUGUGUGUGUGUGUGUGUGUGUGUGUGUGUGUGUGUGUGUGUGUGUGUGUGUGUGUGUGUGUGUGUGUGUGUGUGUGUGUGUGUGUGUGUGCGCGCGUGCGUGGGCCAGGUCAGUGGUUGUCCCAUAAUAGACGUGAAGUGACCUCCCAGGAAUUUACGGACUGCAGCUUAUUGGUUAGAGGCGACAUGGUUACAUGGCAUGUGGCAGAGGAAACAUAGUACAUCAUACGAGCUUCCAAAACAUGACGCUUACAUAAUUGCGUUACACAUGGAGGUGGAACCUCCCCCUGCACCAGACACAUACAAAGCCUGUUGUCUCGGGUUAAACAUUUCUCUGGAUGAAGAACACAUGCCAAGGGACAUUUUUGUUGGGUAAAAGAGUUUGAACUAGUGGAAGGGUUGUUCAGUACUUCCGAUUUUAACCCGAAAUGAUUCAUGUUGGCAAAGCAUUUUCACUUUUCCGCACGCACACGCCUCCACCUAGUAGUAAUAAUAGUAAAUAGGCUCAAUUAACUCUUGAAAAGUGUGACGCAGGGUAAAUGUUGAUGUUUUGUAGAUGUGGCAGAAAUGGGUUUGUUAGACUUGUCUUUCCAAGUCAAAAUAAGGAUGUGAUGCUUACUGCAGGUCCCCAUUGUAGCCAAAUGUAUUCGCUGACUUUUCAUGAAUUCCUAGGGCAAUGUGCACCCAUUAAAUGAACAUGUAGGGUAUAUUAGUAAGAUUUAGAGCUCAAAUGGGGGGGGGGGCAU